AUGCUGAACGCCGCCGACCUCAACACUCUGGCCCACCCAUCUCAAAACUUUUGCCCGCCAGCCAGCGCUCCCGAUCAUCCGGCCAUCCUGCAGCAUCCGGGGUUGGCAUCCAAACGCGCCUGCGCCAAAUCUGACGGAGGGGCGGCGAGGGAGCGACCAAUCUCCGGAUCGCGUCAGAGGGCCGAUCGAUCGGGCAAGGAGGUGGGAGGCGGGCGGCGGGAUCGCGACCCCGGCGCGGGGGCAAAUUGCAAUCGGCGACGGGCCAAGAGCCAGAGGCCGGGUACGCCCGCCGGCGGCCACAGACGCCAAUCAUCGGCUGCCCCGUCCGGAUCCCGGAGCAGGGACUUCAUGGCGGAAUGCCACGCGAUCUUCAGGCUACCGCGCACCCACUCCAGGCGGGUGAUGUUCACGGCGGGCGUGACCGCGUCGAUCGGCGGACCGGCGAGCGGCAGGGGGGCCCGCGCGCUGGCAUCGCUGCCCGGGUUCGGCGCGGAGUUCGCGCCGCCGCGGCCCCAGGCCGCGUCCUGCCUGCUCGGCGGGGGGGAGGCGCGCAGGGAUGCGUCGCCGGGGAUUUUGGACGGCUUUGAGCCCGUCGGGCAUGACGAUCCGGAGUUCAUGCGCGCGGGCAAGAGGUGCAGGAUGUCGGAGUUGGGCCGGCGGCUGGGUCUGGAGGAGCCCUUCCCAAGGGACUGCGGGGGCAUUGACUGGAAGGAUAUCCUGGCGGAGGGGUCGGACGCGUCGCCCUCCACGGAGGGAGCCACCACCGAUGAUGCCGCCGAGGCGCCUCCAGAUCCGGCGACCGAGGGACGGGGGGUCCAGAUCCAAGACAGUGGCAGGAGGAGAGGGAGGCCCCCCAGGGAGGCCGGCGCUGGCGGCAAACGCAGGAAAACACGGAGAUACACGAGAAAGCCCAAGCUCGACACGUUGCUAACGAAGCUGGUGCGGUGCACCAGAGUGUACAAGGUGGCGUGCGAGCACGGCAAGAAGGAGCAGCAUGACUACAUCGAGGACAUCAACUGCUUGCGCCGGCUCGUGCAGGACCUCGAGUCCUACAAGAACCAAGCCCAACCAAAGCCCGGGAGCCAAAUCUCCGUGACAGAACAGAACGUGUUCCUUGGCGGGCUGCGAUUCAUUUUGGAGUGGGCCAGGGACGCUUGGGCGCUGCACGCGGCGGAGUUGAGGAAAGAAGCAGCGAGGAAGAGGGGACGCUGA